AUGUUCUACCAGAUCUUCACAGUUGGUAUCAUAGUAGAUGUCAUCAGUCUAGUCAACAAUUAUUUUGGAUGUGUGUUCCCAGCGAAAGGGUGCCAUCACUCACAUUGUUUUCUUGAAUAAGUGUCAAAUUUCAGAUGGUUUUGGGACUUCUAUUUGUCUAUGGGAACGUUUGUCGGUCAAAUGUAUCUCAUGAUUGCAUGGACCGCCCGUGGGAUCCAGGGAUGUACUGUGGUUGCGCUAGCUCUCAAUCGGGCCACUGCUGUUUGUCUUCCGAUCAAACAUAAACAAGUACGUGGGAACGCGGUCCGUUUGAACUUGAACUUUCGAUUACAGAUUUGGAACAACAAGUACAUAUCGCUUUUGCAUGUCUUCCAACUGGGAAUUGGAUUCUGCAUCGGAUCAAGUCUAAUAACUCAAUCUUUCUAUUGGAAAUUCGAGAGGAACGGGUAAUCUGCCAAACCUAACAAAUCCUAUUCGAGUUAAUGAUGGUUCUGAUUUCAGAUUCUAUAUCCAAUUUUACAACAAAGACUUUCGACGCCGAUUUUUUAUGGCCGCAUAUGUGAUUGAGACUAUAUUUGUGGCAUUGAUCAUGAUAAUCAAUCUAACCAUGGUAGUAGCGUUCAAGACGAAAUAUCGAAUGGUUCGCAGAAAAAAAAAGAGAAAAAAUGACGGAUAAAAGUGUGUUAUUGUAGAGACUGACAUCCCAACCUCAUCUGAAUCAAAAGGUGAUGAACGAAAAACAAAGGCAAGAGUACAAUCUAUCCAUUGUCGCCGGAUUGACGUGUGUGGCUGAAAUUAUAUACUAUCUUUACGUCAUUUACGUUUUUGGAAUUAACACUAGUGUUCCUACAAGAGUGGGUGUUCUCUAACGGGUACCUGUCAUUUUCUUACGUUAUUCAGGUUUUCUACCUUCUUUAUGACGUCAUCAACGAUAUCUACUGUGGACUUUCCGGAUGGUUAUUGUUGAUAUAUUCGCGGUCUAUGAGGGCGCAUGUGACAAAAAUGAUCCGGUACUGAUGAUGUUUUCGAACGUGUAGAAUCAUACGCAUUCAGAUGUCCGAUGUUUGGGUUCCGACGAAUGAGAAUAAUGAUCCCUGCCGAACAACAGUUCUCUUCGGCCACCAAUAUAGAUGCCAACAAGAACACUUCAAACCGCAGGGUCCCUACCUGCGGAACACCAUGCUAA